UGUAACUGUGUGGGUUAGUUCCAAACCGAAGGAGCUCUGAGCAGCAGUGCUGAGCCCUCUUCUUGCUCAGAGAUCUUCCUCUCUGGCAGUGCCCACAGGAAGAAACUCCAUAAACACACACCAGCAGCAUAAAGAAAUACCAUGGUUCUCCUACUUUGCUUCUCUUGUGAGCACCUUCCACGUUUUCGUGCCUCUUGACUGCUUUUUUGGGGCUAUAAUUGGUGAUUUAGGGUGGACCUAACAGCACUGAGGCUUUGGGCUGUUGGAAGCACAGCUGAUCCCAUCCUUUGCUCUGUGCUCCCACCGAAAAGGAGCUUGUUGAAAUUCAUGCUGAUAAAGCUGAGCUUUUCCUGCUUUCUUUCCAGCCAUUGUCAGCACUGUUUUCACGCAGAGCCAGCAAAGCUAUUAAACCCCUGAGCCCCCACAAUUAAAGAGGAUUAAUUAGGAUUUUCAAUCUUCAGUCUUGGUUCUUGGUGCAGCACAGUGAGGUGGCAGUGCUCAGUGUGUGAGGGAGGUCACUAACGUGGCACGUAAACGUUGUGUUUGGCUUCAUGCGAAAAGCCCCUUUGUUGCUGUUUGUUUGCCACAGAUCUUCUGGGAAAGCCAAGAGAGAAACACCCUUAUUUUCCAAAAUCCUGUGUGGACAGACUAAGAUUUCAGUCCCAAACACUGCGCUGCCAUCGCUUUUAUCAGCUCUGAGAAUCUUGUUGUGUCAGUGUUGCUGGUUUUCAAUCUCUCCUGUGAAUCUGAUUUCUCCUCGGGUAGAAAUCCUUUUGUUUCUGGUCCUGGGCUCCGGCAGGAACUUUCCCAUUGUGUUUACCCUGAAUGGGCACCUUGUGUUCCCAGGCAGUUCAGAAACACCUCUCCCUUGAUUUCUCAUGGAUAGAUGACACCGUUUGGGUCUGACUCUGAAUGUGUAGCACAGCGAGCUCUCUGUCUCUGUGUAAUGUGAGAGAGUGGGGCUUUAUACCCCGAGCCUGCAGUGGAAUCAAAAAUAAGAUAGCUGGGAGUGUGAUCAUUGUCCUUUGGAGCAGCGACUUGAGGAGAGACGCCACGUCUCUUCCCUUCUCUGUGCUCCAGCACUGGAGGAACUUUUCCACACCCCGCAGAGCGUUUGCAUCCCGAAGCACAAUGUCAGAAAAUCCAAACGGAGCUCCCAGGGCAGAACCAGAUUACAGGUACAGAAAGGACGAGCUGUUCAAAAGGCUGAAAGUGACAACUUUUGCCCAAUUGGUCGUUCAGGUUGCUUCUCUGUCUGAUGAAACCUUAGAAGUGACGAAUGAGGAGAUCCACAGACUGGAAGAUGGCAAUUCUGCUGCUUCAGAUGCCGAGCUCACAGCGGGGACAAAUGGCCAAGGGAGCCCCAAUGGGACACCCCCCAGUCCUGUCCUGUUCAUAAACAGCACCGGAGGUGGAGAAUCGUAUCGGUCCACGCUGCAGAGUCUGAUCAGCGGUGUCGGCGAGUUGGAUAUAGAAAAGGACACUCAUAAGAAAGCAGACACCCAGGCAAAGGAUACUCCUUAUCCUGACUGCCCCUUCCUGCUGUUGGAUGUACGAGACCGCGAUGCUUACGACCAGUGUCACAUAAUUGGAGCUUAUUCUUAUCCUAUUACAAUGCUAUCUAGAGCCAUGAAUCCAUAUACAAACAGUAUUCUGGAAUAUAAAAAUGCCCAUGGAAAGAUUAUAAUUUUGUACGACGACGACGAACGGCUCGCCAGCCAGGCUGCCACCACCAUGUGUGAGAGGGGCUUUGAGAACUUGUUCAUGUUGUCUGGAGGGCUGAAGGUGCUUGCACAGAAGAUCCCAGAAGGACUUGUCACUGGCUCGCUCCCCAUCUCCUGCCAGGUGGCAGCUCCCCCAGGGUCUGCCCGAAGAAAGGCUGUUCCCAAAGUGCCACCCGCACGUGCUGAGAGCAAAUGGAGGUACUCAGCAGAAGAUCUGCAGAAGAUUAAGUACUACCUCGAAGAGGAGCAGCUUCCUUCAGACACUGCCAGUCGCCUUAGCCGUGGCUCUUCAGGACGUGAUUCCAAAGCAACAACAGCACGGAGCAGCCCCAGCCUCCCCAGCACGGCAGGAUCCCGUGUGCUCAGCAGGAGCAGCUUCCAGAACAGGCCGUGGAAAUAAGCAGCCGUCUCUCCUUCCACUGAAUAAAUGAGAGUCCAGGUUCUGGGAACGCUGAGCAGUGCAGCCCUGUUUGUCAUUUUAGGAAUCCGCUGUGGAAAGCGGUGGUGAUGUAUGAAAUGGCAGCUUGGAUAAGGCUGGGGAGAUGGAAGGGUUGGUGUGACGUCUUGUAGGAGCAGCGUCACGUUGGCGAAGUGACCUUCAGGACAGGGGAGGGGGGAAAACUGGUAGUGAAGCCCGUGACCAAGUAGCAAUGGAUCUGUAAGACCUGCAGCUCAGACUGAGGAAUUGUGUCUGGAGCAAACGUUCCUCUGUGCCCGGCUCAAAGCUGCAGGCUCUGCGCUAACGGUGAAAGGAAACGGGUCAGAAAAUUGUGAGCAGGAACCGUGGUGUUUUGUGGCAGGGAUGGACAUUGAGCAAAUUGCCAAAAUGGUGGAGAGGAUUCCGUCACUCUCUUGUGUUUAUUUAUUAAGUGUUUAUAAUAAAGAUGUUUUGGGAAAUAA